AUGACAUCGAGUCCAGGCAGCAGCAAGCUCGAGCAUGAGGCGGAGAAACCCCCACAUCCACAUGGGCUGGAUGCCCUUAUGAUGAAGAGGCUUGUGAGCAGGAGCUGGGAGGAGUCGAGGCUGCUAUGGCGCCUUGCCUUCCCGGCGCUCCUGGCGGAGGUGUUUCAAUUCUCCAUCGGAUUCGUCACCACCGCCUUCGUCGGCCACCUCGGAGAGGUGGAGCUCGCGGCUGUCAGCGUCGUCGAGAACAUCUUGGAUUCCUCUGCCUAUGGAGUCCUGUAUGGCAUGGGCAGCGCGCUGGACACGCUGAGCGGGCAAGCCGUCGGCGCCGGGCAGCUGGACAGGCUGGGCGUCUACACGCAGCAGUCGUGGAUCAUCUGCGUCGCCACCGCGCUAGCGCUCGCGCCGGCGUACGUCUUCGCGGCGCCGCUCCUGCACCACUCCCUCCACCAGCCCGACGCCGUGUCGCGCGCCGCGGGGCCGUACGCGCGGUGGGCGGUCCCGCGGCUGCUGGCGCACGCCAUCAACAUCCCGCUGCUCAUGUUCUUCCAGGCGCAGAGCAGGAUCUGGGCCGUGGCGGCCAUCUCCGGCGCGGCGCUGGGCGUGCAUGCGGUCCUCACCUACGUCGCCGUCGCGCGGCUCGGGUACGGCCUCCCCGGGGCCGCCGUCGCCGGGGACGUCUCCCACUGGCUCGUCGUCGCCGCGCAGUUCGCCUACAUGACGACGGGCGGCCGCUUCCCCGACGCGUGGAAGGGAUUCACCGUGCGCGCGUUCAGCAACCUCGGCGCUUUCGUCAAGCUGUCGCUCGGGUCGGCCGUCAUGAUCUGCUUGGAGUUUUGGUACUACACGACACUUCUCAUUCUCGUGGGUCUCCUCGAACAGGCCAAACUCCAAAUCGAUAUCAUGUCUGUCUGCCUCAACUUCGAGUUCAUGACUAUAAUGGUUGCACUGGGCUUCAGCACAGCAAUCGGCAUUAGGGUGUCCAACGAGCUGGGUGCAAACAGGCCCAAGGAGACGAAGUUUGCGGUGCUUGUGGCAGUAUCAACAUCCAUCGUCAUGGGAGCAGUCUUCAUGGGCGUCGUCCUCAUUUGGAGGACAAGCCUGCCGAAGCUCUUCAGCGACAGCGAGGAGGUGAUACACGGUGCUUCCAAGCUGGGGCAUCUCCUCUCUCUCACCGUUUGCAUGAGCAGCAUCUGGCCUGUACUAUCAGGCGUGGCAGUAGGAGCUGGGUGGCAAGUGCCUGUGGCAUUCAUAAACGUCGGUUGCUACUACCUAGUGGGCAUUCCAAUGGGUAUCCUGUUUGGCUUCAAGCUAAAACAUGGCACAAUGGGCAUAUGGAUAGGUAUGUUGACAGGCACGUUUCUCCAAAUGUCCAUACUUCUUGCCAUUAUCUUCACAACAAAAUGGGAUAAACAGGCCGCGCUGGCAGAAGUGAGAAUGGCGGAGUGGGGAGGAAAGAACGAGAACCUGCCACUGAUGGAAACAACACAUACGGAUAAUCAUAUGGCUCCUGCACAAGAGAAAAUGUUGGCGCAGCAUGACAGCCAGAAGAAUGUAGAAUUAGUGAAUAUAUAUUGA